AUGAGGGACCCCAAGAUGUAUGAGGCAACUUACGAGUUGGCACACAGACGUGUUGCCAAUCUUUCCAUCGACACGAACAAUUUUCAAGGCCCGUCAGCCUUGAUCUCACCACCAGAGUCCGCCAACAGUGCCCGUCGGAGUUCCUACGAUAUGAACUUCAACCACACUCCAGUGUCAACGUACCAUCCUAAUACUCCGGUACAUCAUUUCGGUAGCCAAGAAAUGUACAACGUGGGUCAGACCGACAAGAUUAACGUCAACUUGCAAUAUCCGCCUAGUCCUGUCGACUUCUCAUCUGGUCCGCAGAGCUAUGGCGCGACUGCCUGCAACUCUCCGACCUGGAACUCGUCGAUGGCGUUCGAACAGAAGGCUAUGGACAACAGCUUCUACCAGGAAAGUUCGACCUUGCUAUCCACUGAUCAAGACUGGAACAGCUCCACUAUGAGCCAUUACUCCAACGUUGAUUAUGCUCCGGAUCCGAGCUCCCUUUACAUGCUUCCGUCUCAGGACCCCAGCAGCUCUUUCAUGGCGGACGUUGACACGUCUCAGCAUGAAAGUCUACCUUCAUAUAUCGCCCCCAAUCAGGCAGUAUAUCAACCUGAGCUUGAUCACAGCAUGAGCUUGUCUGGGUGGGGUCUCCAAACACCCGUGCACGACCACAGCAUCCUGCACUCAUCUUCGCCCGCGGAAUACUCGCCUCUGACUCCCUCUACCCUUGAGCAUUCAUUCGACCACUCGUACGCUCAGCACGAUGUGUCUCCAAGCUCGUCUGUCAAUGUCCACACCACUCGUUCAGGCAUGGGCAAAAGGGGCCGUAAGGUUUCCAAGCAAGACAAACGCAAGUCCAUAAUCAGAAAUGUGCCGAUAGCCAACUCGACCUCCAUCAACUUCUCCAUCGACAAGCAGGCUCAAGACUUCUACGUAAACAAGAUCGUGGACCCCAAUCGAAAACUGCACGAGUGUCCUUCUUGCGAGCGUAAGUUCCAAAGAAGCGAGCACUGCAAGCGCCAUGAAGCAAGUCACGCCGAUAAAUAUGACUAUGCUUGCUUCAUUUCCGAGUUCCCCCUGGACCCCUGCGAUGACAAAUCUCAAUGUAAAGUAGGCAAGAAGCACAACGGCAAGCAGAAUCGGAACGACAAUUCCCGUUCUCACGUCUGGACACAUGUCAAAGCAUGGCUCGUCGCCAACAGUGCCCUCGUCAAAGAGGUCAACCUGAGCCAGAACAAGAAGAACAGGGGUCGCAACAUCCCUAUCUCACCGGCCCAGCUGUUGAAGCUGUGCACGGAUAGAGAUACUCCUUCACAGCAGGACACUGUUCUGAAGUUCCUGAACGGCGAGGCGGGCAAGGAUCUUGGGGUCCACAUCCUCUGGCACGAGAAGGGUUGCCCGGUUGUUCGUUGCUUGGGAGGUGUAGGUCAGGAGGGCGGGUGCACAAUGUGCAGGGUCAAGCCUGGCCACAAGAAGAAGUGA